AUGAGGGAGGAAAGUGAAAUUUUGAGGUUAUAUCGGACACCCGGCUGUACCUCAACGAGAAAAUGUGAGAUUUUAUCGAAGUUGAAACAAAAUUGCAUAUAUUUAAUCAAUAUUGAUACAGAAAUAUGCUUCCACGUUGAAGUUACCAGGUCCCUUAGCAAAUCAGAGGAAGAUCUGUUGAAAUGGGUUCUACAAGACCCUUUCUACCCGCAGAAGGUAUCAGUAAAUCCAUUUCUACAACCUCAAGGGCACAAUCAGCUGGUGGAGGUAGGACCUAGGUUCAAUUUUUCCACUUCAAACUCCACCAAUGCUGUUUCAAUAUGUCAUAGUCUUGGCUUAACACAGGUCGUGAGGCUAGAGGUGUCUCGCAGGUAUUUGUUGAUAUUUGAAAGUGCAAAGGAGGUCACAGAAAAAAUAGUGAAUGAUCUUGCCUCAAUGUUAUAUGAUCGCAUGACUGAAUGCCGAUACACUGUACAGAAUAUACCAAAAAAGAGUUUCAAUGAAAAUCUCACAAAAAAAGAGGAUAUAAGAGAAGUAGACAUUUUAGGAAGAGGUGUAAGCGCUUUGGAAGAACUUGAUCAGGAAAUGGGACUUGCUUUUGAUCAGGCUGAUCUGAAGUAUUAUACAAAUCUGUUCCAAAAUGUGUUGAAAAGGAACCCAACAAAUGUGGAAUGCUUUGAUUUAGCACAAUCAAAUAGUGAACAUAGCAGGCACUGGUUUUUUAAAGGAAAAAUGGUUAUAGAUGGGGAGGAAUAUGAGGAAUCUCUGAUUGAUAUGAUAAUUGAUACACAAAAAGGAACUAAUCAGAACAAUGUUAUCAAAUUCAGUGACAAUAGUAGUGCCAUCAAAGGCUUCUAUCACCAAAGCCUGCGCCCAUCGGCCUCGGGAGCAGUGAGCGAACUCCGAGAGUUGCCCACCCACUCCCACCUGAUCUUCACUGCCGAAACUCACAACUUCCCCACCGGCGUGGCCCCCUUCAGCGGGGCCACCACUGGCACGGGGGGCCGCAUCAGGGACGUGCAGAGCGUGGGCCGUGGGGGGUAUUGCAUCGCGGGGACUGCCGGGUACUCGGUCGGUAAUCUGCUCAUACCAGGAUACAAUUUACCAUGGGAGGACAGCUCUUUCGAGUACCCCAACAACUUCGCGCCACCGUUGGAGGUACUGGUGGAGGCCAGCAAUGGCGCCUCCGACUACGGAAACAAGUUCGGGGAGCCUCUGAUUUGCGGUUUCGUGAGGUCUUUCGGCCUCCAGGACGCUUCGGGAGAGAGGAGGGAGUGGAUCAAGCCCAUUAUGUUCAGCGGUGGAUUGGGUAGCAUGGAAGCCGAUAUGACGGAAAAACUAAAGCCCGAAAUUGGACAUCAAGUUAUCAAGAUCGGCGGCCCGGUAUACAGGAUAGGCGUCGGUGGUGGGGCUGCCAGUUCUGUGGAAGUACAGGGGGAUAAUAAGGUCGAGCUGGAUUUCAAUGCUGUGCAAAGAGGUGAUGCCGAGAUGGAACAAAAACUGAACCGCGUGGUGAGAGCCUGCCUGGAACUGGGCCCCAAGAACCCCAUAGUGAGCAUCCACGACCAGGGGGCAGGGGGCAACGGCAACGUAUUGAAGGAGCUGGUCGAACCGGUCGGAGGCGUCAUCUACGCCGACAGAUUCGAACUGGGCGAUCCGACGAUCAACGUGCUCGAAUUGUGGGGCGCCGAAUACCAGGAGAACAACGCCCUGCUAUGUAAAACCGAAGACUUGCCGCUGCUGAGGAGCAUCUGCGAGAGGGAGAGAUGUCCGAUUAAUGUUGUGGGAGAGGUUACCGGAACCGGAAGGGUGGUACUAGCAUUGGACGAGACGGAAUCUCAAACGCCGUUCAAUUUGGAGCUGGAGCAUGUUUUGGGCAAAAUGCCUCGCAAGGUGUUCAAUCUAGAAAGGAACACAGCCAUAUACAAAGAGCUCGUGUUUCCCGAGGCAUUAUCCAUCUUCCAAAGUCUUGACAGGGUGCUGAGGCUGCCUUCGGUGGCUAGCAAGCGCUACUUGACGAACAAAGUCGAUCGUUGCGUCACUGGGCUGAUAGCCCAGCAACAGUGCGUCGGACCUUUGCACACUCCUCUUGCUGAUGUAGCUGUCACGGCCAUUUCUCAUAUCGGAUAUGAGGGAAUCGCCACAUCGAUAGGCGAACAACCAAUCAAAGGCUUAGUGAACACUGCCGCAGGGGCAAGGAUGACAGUGGCUGAGUCGCUCAGCAACUUGGUGUUUGCGGGAAUUUCGUGUCUGAAAGAUGUCAAGUGUAGCGGUAACUGGAUGUGGGCAGCCAAAUUGCCAGGAGAAGGUGCGGCGCUUUAUGAUGCCUGCAAAGCAAUGUGCGAUCUGAUGACUGAUCUGGGUAUAGCGAUAGAUGGUGGAAAAGAUUCCCUCAGUAUGGCCGCCAGAGUAGGAAAAGAUACUGUGAAGGCUCCCGGAACGCUGGUCAUUUCAACAUAUGCUCCAUGUCUAGAUAUAAGGAAGGUCGUCACCCCGGACUUCAAAGCUCCCUCCAUGGGCAAAACCGGCACGCUGCUGUUCGUCGACCUUUCGGACGGUCGCAGUAGGCUGGGCGGGUCCGCCCUCGCUCAAGUGUUCGGGCAGCUGGGCAAGGAGUCGCCCGAUGUGAGCUCGCCCGACCUACUUCGCAGGGCUUUCGAGGCCACCCAACAACUGGUCAAGGACGGCUCGAUCCUGGCAGGCCAUGACGUCAGCGACGGCGGCUUGAUCGUGUGCCUGUUGGAGAUGUGCUUCGGAGGCGUGUCGGGCAUCGAAGUCAAUGUUCAGCACAGAGAGGGGAAGCCUAAUGACGUGCUGUUCGCCGAGGAGUUAGGAUGGGUGUUGGAGGUGUUCGAUGAUGAUGUCGCUCAUUGCUUGAACGUUUUUAAGAAUCUCAAUGUCCCGGCUGUGAGAAUCGGUCGGUCGACCGGCUACGGCAUGAAGUCAAAGCUGAGCAUCACGGUGAACAACGCGUGCCUGGAGAGCUCGGUGUUGCCGCUGAUGCGGAUGUGGGAGGAGACCUCCUACAUGCUGGAACUCCAGCAGACGAUCAAGGCGUGCGCAGAUGCCGAAUUUUCCUCUUUGGGCUCGAGGCAUGGGCCGCAGUAUGCUCUGACUUUCGAUCCCGAUGAAAAUUCGAAAAUCGAGGGUAAACUAAUUCCCGUGGCUGUAAUAAGGGAAGAAGGGACCAAUGGUGAUCGAGAAAUGGCUGCUGCUUUGGUGAUGGCAGGUUUCAGUGUUUGGGAUGUAACGAUGCAAGAUUUGCUUACUGGGGCUACGAAUCUAGACAGGUUCAGAGGAGUGAUUUUCCCUGGAGGCUUCAGCUAUGCAGACGUCUUGGGCUCCGGUAAAGGGUGGGCAGGCAGCAUCCUCUUCAACGACACCGUCAAGCAACAGUUCAGCAAAUUCUACGCUCGCCCGGACACGUUCAGUCUGGGCGUUUGCAACGGUUGCCAGCUGAUGGCGCUAAUCGGCUGGAUAGGUCGGCCUGUCAAAGACCAUUCCUCCACGCCCCAUAUAAAAUUAGAGGAUAAUAUAUCGGAGAGAUUCGAAUGCAGAUGGAGUACUGUGAAGAUUGAAAAAUCGAAGGCGAUUAUGUUGAAAGGCAUGGAAAAUUCGGUUUUGGGGAUGUGGGUGGCUCAUGGUGAGGGCAGGUUCUCCUUUAGGGCGGACGAGGUUUACGAACAGUUGAAGAGCGAUGGGCUUGUGGCUUUGCGUUAUGUCGACGAUCAAGGCUUACCAACGGAAUCCUACCCGAUGAACCCGAACGGAAGCCCCGAAGGUCUAGCGGCGGUGUGCUCCCCAGACGGCAGACAUUUGGCCAUGAUGCCGCACCCGGAGAGAUGCGUCCAGCCGUACCAAUGGCCUUAUAUGCCGGUCAGCUGGAAGGGAUACCGGAAGAGUCCGUGGGAAAGGAUGUUCCGGAACGCGUACGAGUGGUGUCAGAAAGAAUAA